GGGAGGGCCAAGCCGCAGGCGCCACUGAGCCCUGCCGGAAGCGCAGGCGAUGCAAGUCACCAGCGGGGCCCCUGGCGGCGGCGCCCGCCGUGGCCCCCGGGGCCCUGCAGGCGGGCCUGGGUGGCGUCGCCUCGGCUUGUGGUCCGCGGGUCUCUGCGGCCGCCUCGGGCUCUGAGCUACUGCAGUCCGGCGGCGGCCGCGGCGAGGACGGCGAGGAGCGUUUCUUCCGCGUGGACGGCUUCCUCGACCUGGGCCUCUCGCUGCGCCUCGGGCGCGCCUACUCCGAGGCGGAGCUGAGGAGCCGCUGCAGGGGCGACGGGCUGCGGCUGGAGGCGCUGGAGCAGUUCUUCCGCGGCGCGGGCGGGGCCCUCGUGCAGGUGCCGGCGCCGCCGCCGUGGGAGCGGAGCGGGCGGCCUCGGCGGCAGCCCGCGGGCGAGCAGCCAGAGCGGGAAGCCGGGCCGCUGCCACAUGGGGCGCACUGGCGCGGGCAGCGCGGCUCCUGCCAGGCGUCCAUUUGUUUCAGGCACCUGUCGAUCGAGACGAGGGAGAUCAGGUCCCUGGGCGCGGUCUCGGAGUCUCAGGCCGCCAUGUGGCGCACCAGGGAGUUGACGAAGGCGAGGAUGGCAUCUGGCCAUCCCUUCGAGGAGGCGCUGCCUGGAGCCGUGGAGGAGGCGCGCGCGGGCGCCGACGUCAUGCCGGAGUGGCUGUAUCAGUUCGAGGCCAGGUUGGGCCCAGCGCGCAUGCGCACGGGGCGGACCAACGACCUGAGCGCCGCGAUCGAGCGUUGGUUGAGCAUCAAGAGGAUCAUGGGCCUUCCAGAGACUGGCCUGAGGUGCUCCAGCGCCGAGGUGAAGGAGCUCCGGGCCGCCGCCGACCGAAGAGCAGGGGAGAUCCUGGACAGCCUCGCAGGGCGGCCAGCCUCGACGGAGAACGUCGAGGAGGUGCUGCGCAUGUGGGGCUUUCGGCAGAACACGGGCCGCAGGAACGUGAUGCCGAGCGGUGCCUCUUGGGUGCACAGCGACACCCUCGGGGUCAUCCGCCGCCGCGGCCACAGGCUCACAGCCAUCUGCCUCGCCAGGGGCACCUCUGGGCACCCGAGCUUCAUCAGGCUGCUGAGCAGCUGGCUCGAGGGCAGAUGGCAAGCUGACCCGAAGCGUGCCGUCGAGGAUAUGCCACCCUACACCACCAUCACCGUCAAUAAGGGCUACGCGGCGCGGCGCCACCGCGACUCGGGCAACGUCGGCCCCUCGGUGCUGCUUGGCGCCGGCAGCUUCACCGGGGGCGGCCUGCGCCACUGGCCCCAGGACUCCAUGUUCGAGGACAUCUCGGCCCUGCGCGAGCAGGACGCGGAGACGCUCGACAUGUCGGGGGGCAAGGUCGCCCUCUUCGACGGCAAGCGCGCCCACGAGGUGGAGCCCUUCGAGGGCGAGCGCUUCAGCGUGAUCUUCUGGACCACCAAGGGCUUCCGACGCAUCCGCGCGAGCGACGAGGCGACCUUGCGCAGGGCCGGCUUCCGACUGCCCACGCCAGAGUCCAUCACGGCGGCCUGCCGGCGUUGCGGCUGCGUGGUGCCCGCCGCGCUCGAGGAGCCGACCCCGGAGGCCCUGCUGCAGGAGUGGCGGGUGCUCCACCCUGGCGAGGAGGAGCCGCCCCACGCCGUGCUGGUCCGGGCGUGGUGGCGGGCGCGCCGGCGCAGUGGGCGGAAGCCGCCGCCGCCGCUUGGCGGCCCGUUCAAGGAGCUGCAGGGCACCGAGUGGUGGAGGGUGAAGCGGCCGCCGCACCUGGGGCUGCGGCUGCGCCCAGGCGCCGCCUACUCGGUGCUGGAGCUGGAGCGGCGCUGCGGCGCGGAUGAGGCGAAGCUGCGGCACCUCCGGGAGUGCCUCUGCGACUCCUCCAU